AUGUGGAUUAUCAACUGGUUCUACGAUGUUCUCUCAUCGCUCGGCCUGCUGAACAAGCACGCCAAGCUCCUCUUCCUGGGUCUCGACAAUGCCGGAAAGACGACACUCCUGCACAUGUUGAAGAACGACAGAGUCGCUAUCCUGCAGCCCACUCUGCACCCUACUUCUGAGGAGCUCGCCAUCGGCAACGUACGAUUCACAACAUUUGAUCUUGGUGGUCACCAGCAAGCCCGUCGUCUUUGGAAGGACUACUUCCCCGAGGUCAACGGCAUCGUCUUCCUGGUCGACGCCAAGGACCACGAGCGUUUCCCCGAGGCCAAGGCCGAGCUUGAUGCCCUCCUGUCCAUGGAGGAACUCCAGAAGGUGCCCUUUGUCGUCCUGGGCAACAAGAUUGACCACCCCGACGCCAUCUCCGAGGAGCAGCUGCGCCACGAGCUUGGUCUCUACCAGACAACGGGUAAGGGCAAGGUGCCUCUGGAGGGCAUCCGACCCAUUGAGGUCUUCAUGUGCUCGGUGGUUAUGAGACAGGGCUACGGUGAUGGUAUCCGCUGGCUCUCGCAAUAUGUCUAG